CGCCGCCUGCCCCGGCCAUGGAGCUGCUCUGCGUGGAAGGGGCGCCCCGCGUGCCCCGGGCCGAGCGGGACCCGCAGCUGCUGGGCGACCGGCGGGUGCUGCAGAACCUGCUGAGCCAGGAGGAGCGCUACAGCCCGCACGCCUCCUACCUGCAGUGCGUGCAGAAGGAGAUCAAGCCCUACAUGCGGCGCAUGCUGGCCUUUUGGAUGCUCGAGGUGUGCGAGGAGCAGAAGUGCGAAGAAGAGGUCUUCCCCUUGGCCAUGAACUACGUGGACCGCUACCUGUCGUCGGUGUGCGUGCGGAAGAGCCACCUGCAGCUCCUGGGAGCCGUGUGCAUGCUGCUGGCCUCCAAGCUGCGCGAGACCAUGCCGCUGACCGUGGAGAAGCUCUGCAUUUACACGGACAAUUCCAUCACGCCGCAGCAGCUCCUGGACUGGGAGAUGUUAGUCCUGGAGAAGCUAAAGUGGGACCUCGUGUCCGUGAUAGCGAACGACUUCUUGGCUCACAUCCUCUACCACCUCCCGCUGCCAAAGGACAAGAUGGAGCUGGUGAAGAAACACGCGCAGACCUUCAUCGCCUUGUGUGCCACAGAUUACACUUUUGCUCUGUACCCGCCGUCCAUGAUCGCAACCGGCAGCAUUGGAGCCGCCAUGCACGGUCUCACCGUCUCCCUGGAUGACUUCAGCGGGGAGGCCGUCACCGAGCUGCUGGCCAGCAUCACCGGCACCGAGGUGGACUGCCUCAAGGCCUGUCAGGAGCAGAUCGAGGCCGCCUUGGCCGAGAGCCUGAAGCAGGUGUCCCAGAGCCAACAGGAGUACAGAGCCUCCAAGACUGCUGCUUACCCCGCCAGCCAGCCCACCGGGACGCCCACAGACGUCACGGACAUCAACCUGUGACCCGGCUCCCCUUCCCGAGAGCCGCCCAGCCCCRUGAGAGCAGGACCUUGCCCUGGACACCCAAAGCUCUUUGGCUUCCACCUGCCCGUCCACCAGCCCUGUCCGUUUGGAGCCCGCUGAGGAUUUGCUCGCCUUGCUGGAUGCAGGAGGGCUCCGUGCUGGCCCAUCACAGCUCCUAGUGCUGGACAGGGGCAGCGG